AUGACAAGACAGCCGCAGAAUCAGCAGGAUCAUUGCUCCAAGGCCUUGCACGAGCUCUCAGCCAUAGUUCUGAAUAUCAUCAGAUCUCCGCCGCCUCCCCUCGACUUCUCCGAUCAAUCUCCGGCCGCGCACCGCCGCAGGAGGCAGUGGCCUUCGUUCCAGCAGAUGACUCCGGCGGGAUUCGCCUAUCUGCUUUUGGGGAUUUCUCUGUCUCUGAUGCUCUGUGGAUCGAUGACCUUUUUUAUUGGAUUGGUGUUGAUGCCUUGGGUUUUAGGUUUGGUGGUUUCCCUCUACUUUGUGGGUGUUGUUUCGAGCAUUUCUAUGAUUGGGAGGAGUAUUUUGUGCUGCAAUUCUUCUUCUUCGCCCAGGAAAGAUGCUGAUGCUGCUCGUGAGAAGUUCUCCCUUAAAGAUUGA